AUGGUCAGACACGGUAAAGUUUUUGUGGAUGCAAAAGAUGGCGAAGUAAUUUCAGUAAAACCAUCAGCAAUUACAUUCUUGUUAGAUCCAUCACCGUCAAAACCAUCAAAGCCAUUAGAAAAAUCAAAGCCAUCGGAAAAAUCACAAACAUCAUCAGAAUCAUCCUCCACUUCAUAUCGCCAACAAUGA